AUGGCGAUACGGGUGCACACGAGAAGGGAAAGAUGUCGAGGGAAGGGUAACAAGGCCGACGAUGCGCUUGCCGCAAGAGCGUUAGAAGACAACGCGCGCGGCAGCCUCAGCAGGGGCACGGGGACGAAUAGAAAUAAGGCAGAUGGAUGUUCAACCGUGACGGGAGGCAGCAACAAGAAACUCGAGAAUUCAAGCAAUGCAGAUGGACGAAAGGUCGAAAGGGAAAAUGAAAAAGAAGGGAGCCUCGCGUUGGGCGUUUCGACCCGUAUGCAAGGGGGCGAGCGAGGCAGCGGUCGGGCCGGCUGUUUGGCUGCGCGCGUGGGUGCUGCUCGCAGGGAACGAAUGCACUGA